AACAUGCUGUGUAUUGGUGGCUGAUGUCCAAACUGGAGACACCAGCGAGUAAAGGGAAAAAAAAAGACAGAGRAACUGACUCUGCUAAAUUGCUAGUUCCCCUUUCAAUGACAAAUCCCACUUCACUCCCUUCCGGGUUGCACUGAUUGGCAGAAGUUUCUUUGGAAGCACCAGGUUGCUUUUUUUCCCCCUAAGYGAGGGUAUAAAAUGAAUUCCAGUCUCAGCAGACGAUCCAUCUUCCUCCUGGAACAAUGACGUGGAUUGUCCUCUUCCAAAUGCUCCUGUUUGCGGGUCUCCUGGGCGCCAAAUGGUUCCCAUCCCUUCCUGAGUAUUGUCUCCAUGACCAGGACUACGAGGAGCUGCUGGAGAUCGUCCAGGAUGGGCUGGAGCCCGCACCUCAUCCGGCACACGUGGUCGUGGUGGGCGCGGGGAUUGGUGGGCUCACAGCAGCCAAGCUGCUCCGGGACGCCGGGCACACGGUUACCAUUCUGGAAAUGAGCAACCAGGUCGGGGGGCGGAUCCAGACAUACCGCCCUGAGGGACAGGACUGGUACGUGGAGCUGGGMCCCAUGCGCCUGCCAGGCAAGCACAGGCUUGUCCGUGAGUUCAUCCGCCAGUUUGACCUGAAGCUGAACCCUUUCAUCCAGAACAAUGACAACACCUGGUACUUUUUGAAGGGCACUCGGGUCAGGGCAGAGGAGGUAAACAGGAACCCCGACAUCCUGAAUUACACAGUGAAGCCAUCAGAGAGGGGCAAGAGUGCUGACCAACUCUACCAGGAGGUGCUAAACAAGGCUUUUAAGAAGUUCCAGUCCAUGGACUGCAGGAAGUAUCUGRCUCAACAUGACUCCUUCUCCACGAAGGAAUAUUUGAUCAAGGUUGGGGGGCUGAGCCGAGGAGCUGUUGACAUGAUCGGUGACUUGCUGAAUGAGGACUCGGGGUUUUACCUGUCAUUCCUCGCCUCGCUGUGGGACUUUGACAUCUUCUCCAAUGAGAGCUUUGAUGAAAUCACUGGAGGGUUUGACCAACUGCCCAGAGCCUUCCACAAGGCGCUGCCCAACRUUGUCCAGUUCAACUGCACCGUAGAGAAGAUCAUGACAAAAGGCAACAAAGUCCGAGUGUUCUACCGUGCUCCAGACACGCUGGCCCCGACCAUCGUCUCUGCAGAUUACGUCCUUGUCACCUCCAGUGCCAAAGCCACCAGGCACAUCCACUUCUUGCCACCACUGUCCCCAGCCAAGGCCCAUGCCCUGCGCUCCGUCCACUAUGCGAGUGCCUCCAAAAUUAUCCUGGCAUGCUCCGAGAAGUUCUGGGAGAAGGAUGGGAUCCAUGGAGGGCACUCCAUCACUGACCGCCCUUCCCGCUUCAUCUACUACCCCAGCCACAACUUCUCCAGUGGGGUGGGCGUCAUCCUGGCUUCUUACACUUGGAAUGAUGAUGCUGAGUUCUUCCUGCCCCUCACGGAUGAGAAAUGCCUGGACGUGGUGCUCCAAGACCUGGCUGACAUCCACCAYGUGAGCAAGGAGUACCUGCAGUACACCUGCGACCAGCACGUGAUCCAGAAGUGGCAGCUGGACCAACACUCCCUGGGGGCUUUCGCUGCCUUCACCCCGUACCAGUUUGUGGAUUACUCACAGGCCCUGUUCUCUCACGAGGGCCGGGUCCACUUUGCCGGGGAGCAUACGGCUCAGCCCCACGCCUGGAUUGACACUGCCAUGAAAUCAGCCAUCAGGGCCGCCAGCAACAUCCACCACGACAGCGGCGAAGUCCCGGCAUUGGAUGGGGAGAGGUUCGGGAGACUUGUGCGGAGGGGAGAGCUCUGAGUGUGCCCCUGGGCAUUUUUUGGUGGUGUGAAUCUGGCUCUUUCCAAGAAAAAUCAGCAGAAUUAAUCGGCAGUGAAGGUGUUAAAGAAUUGGGUGUCUUCAGGCAGGACCAACUGGUUAAACACGUCAUGGGGAGAGGAGUAGUAAAUAGUACUGCAAUAGUGAAAUCAAAGUUAGAAACACAUUAUGGGGAUAUGAGGGAGCAUGAAAACCAGGCAGUGCGUUCCAGGACUCUGGUGUUCCCCUUGUCUACUGCCGUAAUUCCCAGCUGAUUUGUCUGCAAGGCACUUCAUGGAAUGACUAAGGUGAAAUAAGGGUGGAGACUUCUGGGUUCCUUGUGUCUGAGGGCAGUGUCAUCACAUGUAAAUGGCAUUGCCACGCUCCAGCUCUUUAGGAAGUCAUMACCCUCAAAUCCUCCACCCCAGAAUUUGAGAAAGAGCCCAAUGCUUCAUCAUUGUCCUCUCCUUUGAGUGGUCCAACACAAUUAAUUAAUUAAUUAAUCUAUCGUAAUUCCUGGUUAGUAACUAACCGUUCCCCAAGGCAUCAGUCAGGAUGUGAUCCCAAUGGUCUCUUCUACCUAAAGUGUGGCCAAGUUGAUACAAGUAUGUAAAAUUAAUCACCUUGAAUCUUCAAAGCAAACCCAAGGUUUGACUGCACUUUCUCCUCUCACCAGUUAUUGCCCUGAAUUCCAGAGCCUUGGAAACUCUGCCUGAGCUAAAAGUGGGAUUAUUUUUCCSACAUGAUUGACAGGAUAAUUAUAAAUGUCUAAAGUAAAUACCUGCCUGGUUGCUGAGAGCACCACACUGACCUUCGCUGCAGUCACAGAGCUGCUUGGCCUGUAAUUCAUCCUGAUUUCUAUAAAAUUCCAAAACCUGCCUCUCCACCUCUGACUCCACACAGCUGGAGGRAAACAGCUCCAUGUCCAUUCCCAGACCAAAAACAGAGGUUCAGCUCCCACUGGAGGCAGCAGAAAUGGGAUCGGGGGAGACCAUCACACCUGUCAGGUUCUUCCCGGCAUCAGAGAGGGAGAUUUAUCCCCAUUUGCACCAAAUAAAUACAGCUAAUAAUUAAUUAAGUACAGAGUGACCACCAGUAGCACAUUUUGAGUUUCGCUAGGCUCUGUGCCACGAGUUCAAAGCACUUUUGAGAGGCCCAACCCUAGAAAUCAAAAAUCUUGUAGUUAAUCAUUACUAUUAUCCCUCACUUCUUCCAGCUCCUUAAGGAACAUCCCUUCUGGAACAYGGGGCUACUCUUUGGACAUGACAGAAACCCACAAGUGAGGCUCUGUCAGGGCAUGUGCAGUUGCAUCACAUCGGGAAAUUCAUCCAAAAAGCCAUGAGUACCUUCCCAAGCUCGGAAGAGCCAAACGCCGCAUGCAGUAUCCGCUACAUAGGGAAACUCAGAGUUCAAAAGGUGAAACUCGGCAAAAAGAGAAAAGAGAAAGGUUUUAGGUGCUUUGUGAAUUCCCUGGAAUCUAGGUUCAUAACGUGCAGCUCCAGCCCCGUCGCUAMGGACUGCAAAGAGGGAAAGGAAAAAGGACCAGGUUGCGUCCCUGGGUGGGCUCGAACCACCAACCUUUCGGUUAACAGCCGAAUGCGCUGACCUAUUGCGCCACAGAGACCCGGGAGAGGGGCUAGGAAUCCAGAAAAAUUGUAUAAAAAUAAAAUCUUGUGAGGUUUUGCCCAAUUAUGUCAGUGGGGGGUGAAGAUGGAAAUUGUGAAGGGAAUUGGGAU